AUGGCACUAAAUCGGUUAGAGCAAGACUUUCAUCAUGAUGAAAACGAGACCAAAGAAGCCGUUAAAAGUAUUGAGUCCGAGAUGGAAGUGACAAAUUCACUUCAUGCAGAACCAGAUGCAAGUAGAUCUACAUUGAAUCUAAUGAAAUCAAGCACAUUCGAUACUAAUAACAAUAUAGACACUGAUGAUUCUUAUAACGAUGAUGACUUUUAUGAUUUGGAUGAUGAUGUUAACGAUCCAGAUUGGACAUUAAAGAGGAAAAGAGAAGAUAACAGUGCAUGUUCUGACAGUGAAUCUGAUAGUGCAGGAAGUCAUACUGAGACUCGAGAGUUGAAUGCACAGACUUACCAAACCCUAUGCAUUGAGAGCAACAUUGAAGGUGCUGUCGGUGUGGAAAGUGAAGAGAACGUAAGAGAGGCUUCUUUUCCUGACAUAAUAGAGCGGGUAGAGGAAGUUGAGACAACUGUAAAUGAAAAUGACCCAGAAUUAGGAUUCAAAGUGAAUACUGUGGAUGAACAAAAGUACAAUGAUCACAUACGUAAGAAAACGGAGGCGGCAGAUUCUAAAAGGAUUGACAAAGAAAAGGCAAUCAACGAAGGCAAACAAAAGAAAUAUGUAGAAUUGAUUGAAGAAUCAAGAGAAAGUGGAGAUGAACCAUACAAGGUGGAGUAUGUUGAUCAUCAUUUCUUCAAGGAUUACUCCAAAUUGCUGUAUUACACAAGUAUAUGGCCUGGGCAUGGUGUAGGAACACCAGUUGUCACGGAUAUACGAGUGCUUAAAUAUACUGUAGAUGGAAACAUACUAUAUAAGCUCAACUACUCAGACAGGGAGUUCUGUGAAUUAAGGAAGCCAAGAAACGCAUCACAUUCAUUUACAGAAUACGUUCCAGCAGCGUAUGUGAAGCCACUGGUCCUGAAAAAGUCCAAGUAUCAGCACCUCCAGCAGAUAAAAUAA